AUUUCGCAUGCACGUCCAUAGCAGAAACAGACAGCAUCAGAUUCCAGAUGAUAUUUGAGCAGGAGCAGAAUAUUAUGAUUUGUGAGUAGGGAAUCUGAUUCAUAAUCAUAUCCGUGCAUUGUAACAACUAACAAGUAUAAAAAAGUAACUGAAGUAGCCUUUCAGAAACAUGCAUGUGAUUUCUAGUCCUUACUACUUUGCUUUGAAAAAGUAGGAUUCCAAUCACCCUAUUAACAUUAUGGUGGUGGUUUUUUCCCAACAGUUCCACCAUAUUCAUUUCUGCCAAAAACAAAUAAGCAUUAGCUAUCCCACAGGGAGAGAACCAAGGUCACUCAUAAAUCAUAGCAUAGUGAAUGGAACUUGAAGCUUGCAAAAGAGGAGGCAGAUUUUCAAUAUAUGAGAGACUAGCCACCAUAGGUUUGGUGGUUCUAGCUGUGGCUUCUCCUCUUUAUAUGGAGCGCAAGCCAGAGAGUGACAAUGAUUUGGAAGAUGAUGAACAACCAAUAAACGUUUCUGUCUGGUUGCCUUUGCUGCUCUUUUUAUUGAUUAUGUGCAUAGCUUUAUCAGCUUACUUAGACCAGAGCUUUGCUGUGUUUGAUCGAUACUGGAUUCAUAGAGUAUGCGGUUCUUCAGAAUGUCCAAAUGGAUUCAUGCAUCUUGAAUUCUUGAAUUCGAAUAGUAAAACACUGAAAGCAAAACUUGAAUUCCUAGACAAGAAAUUUACAAGAGACAAUAUCACACAUUUCAUAGGUAAACUUCAAAGAUAGAAAUACAAUUGGCAUGAGCAUCUCAAUAAAUAACAAAAUCAAAACCAAUGGAAAGAAGAACAAAAAGAAUAGCUGAGACAAAGCCUCUUUUGUGAUGACAAUGAAGGCACAUAAAUCAAAUGAAAAUCCGUACAAUUCAUGAUCAUAAUGGAAAAGCAAAACCCAUUGCAAUUGAAACUGAGGCAGCAAAUAUCCACAUCACAUUGACUGGUGACCAAUCAUGAGCACCACUGCAUUCAUCAUUAGCUCCACUAUAGCAACCUGGUUUUGUUGCUUUAGCCACACCACCCUCAAAAGCAAAGGUGCUAUUAGGUUUUCCAUUACCAAACAACACACACCAGAAAUAAGGAGACCCUCCAUCAGUACCUGUAACAGCAGCACCCACCUGAGUGUGGUUCUUACUGUAUAAGAGGUCCAAGCUUUUCUGGUUUCUUAUCAAGAUUUCUGAGAACGCCUCUGGCGCAUGGACAUACUUAGUCUGGCACCCCAAGAAACGACCGGUUAUAGGGGCAAGAGUUGUCGCCUUAACACCACAGGUUGGAGCAAAGACUUCAACAAA